AUGAGGUCAUCAUCUCCCGCUUCCAUCAUCCGGCAACCUCAAACUAAGCCCCAAAAUGCCCUUUUCAAUGACGAAAAUGUGAACCUCCUCGAUAGCUUCCGCGACAGCAAUGACAAUAACAAUCUCAACGACAUUUAUGACAAUGAAGAAUCCACCGCACAUUCCGAUAUACAUUCCAAUAUCAAGGAUAAUGAGACCGUGAUUGUACCAUGGACAUCAAAGACCUUGAUCUUCGCCUAUAUCAUGAUAUGGUUCACAUACUUCGUCGAGGGCAUUCUAUCCGCUACCACUGGAAUUUUGACUCCCUACGUCACGUCUGACUUUGCCUCGCAUUCGCUCACACCUACCGUCAACAUCCUGAGCAGUGUGAUUGGAGGUGUCACCAACCUUACUCUCGCCAAGAUCCUUGACAUCUUCGGUCGGGCAUACGGAUAUCUAUUCUGCAUCAUUCUCGCAACGAGUGGUCUUGUUAUGAUGAGUACUUGCAACAGUAUUCAAGCCUAUGCUAUUGCUCAAGUCUUUCAGACGAUUGGGAACAAUGGCAUUCUGUAUAGCCUGACUGUGUUUGUCGCCGACAAUUCUUCAAUGCGCAAUCGAGGUCUGAUACAAGCCGUCGUUAGCUCACCCAAUCUUAUCACACCCUGGCUAGCUGGUCCUUUAUCGUCAAGAUUUAUGAAUGGGCCCGGCUGGCGAUGGGUAUUUGGCUUGUUUGUGAUUCUCGUGCCGUCUAUUACUCUCCCGCUUUUCUGCCUUUUGUUUAGCAGUUAUCUCAAAGCCAAAAAAAUAAGCAUGAUUCACCAAAGGGAUAACGAGAACGAUGGUGGCCACACUAUUCUGCAGUCUUUAUUCUACUAUUCACGGCAGUUCGACGCCAUAGGACUUGGUCUACUCUCAGCAGGUGUUACACUUCUCCUCGCAUCACUCAACCUGUACGCAUUGCAAGGAUGGGACUUGCUAUAUAUUUUUGCAUUGUCAAUCACUGGCAGUCUCUUCCUCAUUUCUUUCGUGUUAUGGGAGAGAUAUUACGCUUCUACCACCUUCGUGUCCUAUUCGCUUUUUCUUGAUCGUACCAUUUUGGGCGCUUGCAUCCUAUCCACUACCUUAUUUAUUAGCUUUUGGUGUUGGAAUAGCUUCUUCAGCUCGUAUCUACAAGUUGUGAACGAUCUCAGCAUUGAAAAUGCCAACUAUGUGGUGCAGCUGUAUACUGUCUUUGCAGUUGUCUGCGCCAUCGCUGUUGGCGCCUUAAUCCAUUACACUGGCCACUUUAAGUCAGUAUGCCUUUAUGUAGGAGUUCCCCUAAGUCUCCUGAGUUUAGGUUCCAUGGUAUACCACUGCAAUAACGAAAGUAGUAUCGGGUAUAUCAUCAUGUCUCAAAUUUUUGUUUCUAUUGCAGCAGGGAUCAUCAUGAUUUGCGAUGAGGUUGCAAUCUUAGCCGCUGCUUCUAACCACGAGGUUGCUGUUUGUCUAGCUGUGUUAGGAUUGUUUGGUAAUAUUGGCGGUGCUGUUGGCCUGACUAUUGCAUCAGCAAUUUGGCAAAACGUCUUCCGCAGGAAGCUAAUCGAAUUAAUUCCUGCUGAAGAGCUUCCAAAUCUGGCCAAAAUCUAUUCGGAUAUAUCUACCCAGCUAUCAUAUCCAGUCGGUUCUGCGACUCGCAUUGGCGUUCAACAUGCUUACGAAUAUACUCAAGGAAAACUGUUGGUCGCAGCUAUGGUGGUGUGGGCUGGGGGCUUCAUUGGGGUUGCUAUGUGGAGAAAUAUUAACGUAAUUCAUAUAAAAGAACAUACAACCCAUAAUUUGUAA